GGCAGCGGCCGGCGCUGGCGCUGGAGCGGUGGCGGCGGCGGGAAGAUGGAUGCGGCUCGCCCGUCCCUCGCCCCCAGCAUCCUCCCCUGCGCGCGACACGGGCUUCCAAACCAGCUGAGCACAGAACUUUAAGGAAUGUCACACAUUAGGUGCUGAACAAACUGGCACUGAAAGGAACAGAAAAAGAUGGCAGUCCUUAUUUGAAAGAACUAAACACAUAGACUCUCACUGAUAAGAAACCAUGUCAAAAAAAGGACGUAGCAAGGGCGAAAAGCCUGAGGCACUGAUUGUUGCCCUACAAGCUGCCAAUGAGGAACUCAGGACCAAGCUAACAGACAUUCAAAUUGAGCUGCAUCAGGAGAAAUCUAAGGUUGCUAAACUUGAAAGAGAGAAGACUCAAGAAACUAAGCGGAUCCGAGAAGUGGAGCAGCGCAAGCAGACCGUGCAGAUCACAGAGCUCAAAGCCAAGCUCCACGAGGAGAAAAUGAAGGAGCUGCAGGCCGUGAGGGAGAAUCUCAUCAAACAGCAUGAGCAAGAAAUGACACGAAUGGUGAAAGUCCGAGACAGUGAAAUCCAGCGCCUCAAGUCAGCGCUGUGUGCACUGCGGGAUGGGAGCAGUGAUAAAGUAAGGACAGCGCUGACAAUUGAGGCUCGUGAAGAGGCCAGAAAACAGUUUGACUCUGAGCGCCUUAAGCUUUUGCAGGAAAUUACUGAACUGAAGUCUGCCAAAAAGCAGGUAGAUGAGGCCCUUAACAAUAUGAUCCAGGCUGAUAAGAUCAAGGCGGGUGAUCUUCGGAGUGAGCAUCAGUCCCACCAGGAAGCCAUCUCUAAGAUCAAAUGGGAGAGUGAAAGGGAUAUUCGUCGCCUGAUGGACGAGAUCAAGGCUAAAGACAGGAUUAUAUUUUCCCUGGAAAAAGAACUGGAGACGCAGACAGGCUAUGUGCAGAAGCUGCAGCUGCAAAAGGAAGCUCUGGACGAGCAGCUCUUCUUGGUGAAGGAGGCAGAGUGUAACAUGAGCAGUCCCAAGAGAGAGAUCCCAGGAAGGGCCGGAGAUGGUUCAGAGCACUGCAGCAGCCCUGACUUGCGAAGAAACCAGAAGAGGAUAGCAGAAUUGAAUGCCACCAUCCGGAAGCUGGAAGAUAGGAACACACUGCUCGUUGAUGAACGAAAUGAACUGUUGAAGCGUGUCCGAGAAGCUGAAAAACAAUGUAAGCCUCUCCUGGAAAAGAACAAGUGCCUCACAAAGAGAAAUGAUGAGCUGAUGCAGUCUUUGCAGCACAUGGAAGAUAAACUCAAAGCAGUCACUAAAGAAAAUAUAGAAAUGAGAGAAAAAAUGACAUCUCAUCCUCCUCUAAAGAAGUUAAAAUCUCUCAAUGACCUGGAUCAGGCUAAUGAAGAACAAGAAACAGAGUUUUUAAAGCUUCAGGUUAUAGAGCAACAGAACAUAAUUGACGAGUUAACAAGGGAUAGGGAAAAACUUAUUCGUCGCAGAAAGCAUAAAAGGAGUUCAAAGCCAAUUAAGAGGCAUGUAGUGGAUACAGUUUUUGGCUACGAUGAUGAUUCCAUGGACUCUGAAACAUCCUCCAUGGCCUCAUAUAGAACAGACAGAACACCAGCAACCCCAGACGAUGAUUUGGAUGAGAACUUAGCAGCGGAAGAAUCAGAGCUGCGGUUUCGACAGCUGACAAAGGAGUACCAGGCCCUGCAGAGAGCUUAUGCACUACUGCAGGAGCAGACAGGAGGCAUUAUAGAUGCUGAAAGAGAAGCCAAGGCUCAGGAGCAACUCCAAGCUGAAGUCCAGAGAUAUAAAGCCAAAAUAGAAGAUCUGGAGAAAACUUUGGCACAGAAGGGGCAGGACUCGCACUGGGUGGAAGACAAACAGCUUUUCAUUAAGAGGAAUCAAGAGCUUUUAGACAAGAUAGAGAAACUGGAAGCAGAAAACCACCGCUUGCAACAAGAGCUGCAGGAUGCCCGAGACCAGAAUGAGCUGCUGGAAUUCCGCAAUCUUGAGCUGGAGGAAAGAGAGAGACGAUCCCCACCAUUUAAUCUCCAGAUUCACCCAUUCUCAGAUGGUGUGAGUGCUCUGCAGAUAUACUGCAUGAAGGAGGGAGUUAAGGAUGUCAGCAUCCCAGACCUCAUAAAGCAGUUAGACAUCCUAGGUGAUAAUGGGAAUUUAAGAAAUGAAGAGCAAGUGGCCAUAAUUCAGGCUUCCACUGUAUUGUCCUUGGCAGAAAAGUGGAUCCAGCAGAUUGAGGGAGCUGAAGCUGCUCUGCAUCAGAAGAUGAUGGAACUGGAGAGUGAUAUGGAGCAAUUUUGCAAAAUAAAAGGUUAUUUGGAGGAAGAAUUAGACUACAGGAAGCAAGCUCUUGAUCAAGCAUACAUGAGGAUCCAGGAGCUUGAAGCCACAUUGUACAAUGCUUUGCAGCAAGAAACAGUGAUAAAAUUUGGGGAACUGCUCACUGAAAAACAGCAGGAAGAGCUGAGGACAGCAGUAGAAAAGCUAAGACGUCAGAUGCUGAGGAAAAGCAGAGAAUACGAUUGCCAGAUUCUUCAGGAGAGAAUGGAGCUGCUCCAGCAGGCUCAUCAGAGAAUCCGAGAUUUAGAAGAUAAAACUGAUAUCCAAAAGAGACAAAUCAAGGAUCUGGAGGAAAAGUUUCUAUUUCUAUUCUUGUUCUUCUCUCUUGCCUUUAUUCUUUGGCCUUGAUGUCAAUGUGCCUCUUGGAAAGAGUGCCAGACCACACAGAUAAGUCCUUAGAAAGGCAAAUGCUUCCAGCUCCCCCCUCCGAUGAAGAGAACAUUGUUUACACCUAUUAAAAAAAAAAAAAACUGCAAGUGAACAACCUGUAGCCAAGACUGCAACCACUUUAUAUUUUAAAGCCAUCAUUCAAGAUUUGUUAAUUGACAGUUCCUGUCAAAGCUAUGGUAUAUGCUGCAUUUAAUGAAAUUCUAUAUGUCAAAAUUAAAAAUGGAGAAGAAAAAUAAACAGUGAACAUACAUCACUUAGAAAAAACUUAAAGGGAACAACAAGGAACCACGUUCAGCUGAUCAAGUCAAAGUGUGUCUUGGGCAUGAAACCAAAGUUAGGACAGAAAAAUCUAUCCCUGCUGUGCAGGGUGAUCACUUUAAAUGUAACACUGUCCUCCCAUGGAUUGAAAAUAACAGGACAGAGCAGGAGAAACAUUUUACAGACUGUGAGGAGAUACUGACCAUAAAGCAUGCGGUUUCAAUAGUCUGGCUUUCUUACUACAGGGAUUCUUUCUCUCUUUUGGUUUUACACUCAGGAACAAUGACAGCUGCAACGUGGGGGCGGGGGGAAGACAAGAAAAACACAUUCUGAUUUCUGGUGCGACAGGUAGGAGUGGGCACUGGGUUUUGUGUCCACAGCUGUACCAGAGCACCAUGCUGCAUGGCCACAGAAGGGAAAGAGCAGGUGCCUGGCAUCAGGAAGAUUUCUGAUGGAGCAGCCUUACCUCUCCUCGUCUGCCCUCCAGAAAGACCAGCCUGUCCGUUGUCAGAUACUUUCCAUACUCUUUAAAGACUGCUGGAGAGAUAAGAACAACCACACUUGGUUUCACUAGCUGAAUAAUCUGCUGAGGAUCACUGGACUAGGCCUGCAGAGUGGCUUUUAGAAAGAAAAAAAGUGCAUUGGAGGGCAAGAGAACAACAACAACAAAAAAAAAAGAACCAAACUAACUCCAGUGCCCAUAUGAUCUGAUCCACAAAGCAUCAGCUUCAAAAUAUUUUGUCUCAGCUUGGAUGCUGCUGAACAUAGGAACCCUUCAAAAUGUUUUGGUUUGGCUUGUCAAACUGAUUUUGUUAGCUGGCUUAUUAACCAAUGACACGUAAACCAAAAAUGGAGGAAAACUGUGUGAAAUUCAUCCUCAUUAGAAGCAUGAGUAUGUAUCAUACCCUGUUUAGACUUUUCCACCAUUAAGAGUAACUGGAAGUCAUUUGCAUUUCAAAGCAUUAGGACUUGGUUGGACAGUUGGACACAAGGAAGCCGAGUGCCAUCCCCUGAUCACAGUCAAUAAGAAACAAACCUUAAGGAGUGUCAACACCUGCAACAAACAUGAGAAGGGAAGUUCCUGCAUCUGCUGGGAGCAAACCAGCUGCAUUCCCUUUUCUUACCAGUGUACUGUCUGAGCUAGGCAAGAUACUGCACUCGUCUGUGUCUCUGUUUUCAGUUCCUGGAAAAUGAGUCCUGUCUGUUUGAACUUCAGGUUCCUGUUGUCUGAGCUGUGUCUUGCACAGUGGAGCAUUAAUUUUAUCUGGGAUUGAAAUGGACUUUAUUAGAAAACAGAAAACUAAGGGCCAGAAUACAGUCUGUGGAUUACUUAAACCUUCAGAACAGGGCUCACAGGUAUCAACAGCUUAUGCAUACAGAUCUUGCAUAUCAUCAGCUUUAAGAGCACUUUACAGAGUCUCUUCUGUUUGCUUGUUUGUUUUUACAGAUGAAGCAAGCGAGGCACAAGCAGUAAAGGAACUUGCCACAAAGACUCAGCAGGUCAAAGGCAAGUCCUGGACCAUAGCAGGGAUGAAGCUCAUCUAGCAUAGGGGGUGCCUCUCCCUCACAGAUUUUUUUUUUUUUUUUUGGUCAGAAUAGCUUUUAAUCAUUAAUAUCCAGUCACCCAAGUGGAUUGCAAUUCUGGCCUCCAUGAGUUCUCUGACAUCUCCAGUUCUUGCAUGCCAGGAGGUUGUGCUGACCCUUGCAUUGAAGUUUAGAAGCUAUUAGCAAGUGAUUUUUUUCUCUCCUUAAAAUUAAUUUAAAUUACAAAAUGAGGCAACUUUUAGAAGCAGUCUGUUCUAGCCAAGGGGUUUAUUGCCUUCAGCACCAGCUGUAAGUUAUGUUGAGUGAAAGCAAGCCCAUUGCAGACUCUUAAUCAAAUUCUGUCCCUCCCCAUUCUGUGCAUAAGUUUGGUGCAGACCUUCCACAGGUGCUUUUCAAGGGUGCCACUGGCAGUUCAGCCUUGAAGGGUUGGAGUCAGGCCCUUGGAGAGUCUCCCCACACACCUGUGGCAUGUUCAGAUCACUAAGGAACUUCUGCAAAAAAGUAGUCUCUGUUCCAGGCAAUCAUAGAGGAAGUUCAUGGCAUAGAUAAAAGUAUCUAAUUUCAGGGCAUACCUGACUGAUUCUGUGUCAGACUUCAUCGGUUAGGCCCUCUGAACUGUGCUGUGCACAUCUUCCGUUCAUUUCUCUUUUUUGCCCUAUUUCCCCUCCUUUACUCUUACAGUCCUACCUAUGCAUUCAGGUGCUCCAUUUCCAAGGGCUCCAGGUGUGGCAGACAAUUCACAGCUUACCUUGGCGUGAUUUGUAAGUGGUCUGCAAACUUCUAAGGAUUGCUGGAUUUCCUCUGGAGAUCUGAACAGCAGCUGCUUUACUCUCCCUGCAGCAUAAUGCAAGCCAUGCCUGAAACACACUUACUGAUGUAAACCUUCUACCAUCAGCUAGAUCAAAAUGAGGUUGAUAUUUGUGGGUGUGUAUAUAUAUAUACAUAUAUACACAUAUAUAUAUAUCCCUAUUGUAUAUAGUAAAUCACUACUAUAGUGUAUGAAAGUAUACUUCCAAUCUAGGUAUGAGGAACUGAACCUAGAAUUGUUUAGCUGCCCCAACUGGUACACUCCUUGUUAGUUUAGUUUUACAUCUCAUGGGCAACUAGGUUUUGGUUCUGGUUUUGGGGCUUUUUUAACUGUUCUCUGUCUGGAAGCUGUUUAUCCAGGGCUUUCUGUUGUUCCUGAUAUUCAAUGAUGCAAAGUAUUGAGAAUCCUCCCUCAAAUUAGCCACCACAGCCAGCCUCCCCUCUCCAAAACCAACCAGCAAAAAAGUUUGUCCCAGCUUUUGAGGACUGCAGCAUAGGCCUGGCUUCCUCCGCUCCCUCUGCAGCAGGGCUGCAUCAGGAGCACUGUGCUCCUGGCUGCUGGUACCAUCAAAGCAGUAGAUGAGGCACAUACAUGCAGCAGGUUGACUUGAACGAAAUUUGACUUGCCACUUAUUCUCCCCAACCGAGUCAGGAGACUUGGUCAGUGGCUCAGACCUUCCAAUUUAAGCUCUUCAGAUAAAGACCUAGUUAGGAGAGAGGAAUUUAGGCAGUAGGGUUAGCAAAAGGUAAAAAAGGUCUUGCAGUAUUCUAAGUCUGGCUCACAGCCCCAUCUGCUUUUACUGACAUGCCUUAGGGAUGCAGCACAUAGAUUUUUCUUCCUUUUGGGUACAUGCUGUGUUUGCAGCACCCUGCCCCAACCUCCAUGCGAAGAUCCCCUGAACCACCGGUGCAGCCACUUCCAUGGCAUCCCCUGGGGAGUGACUAGGCCAGGCUUCCUACCUUGCUGGGCAGCCGCAUGUACAGCCACACGCUUGCUAGGGACCCAGAGGCUUCCGUUUUCUUCCUUGUCAUUCCUCACAUGAGCACCUGUGUGUUUUUUAUUUAUGUAUACAUACAUAUAUGUGUGUGUGUAAAUAUACAUACAUACAUACAUACAUAUAUAUUUUUUGUUGUUGUUGUUCCCAAAUUUUUUGGUGUGUAUUCCAGAAGAGAAUUGUAAAUGAAUUGGCAGAAUGACCCUUUGAUAAACACUGGACAUGUAUCUGUACUAUAUGUAUUAAUGUGUAGAAGAGAAUCCUUAUUGUAUGUAAAGUUUUAUGAAUGGUUAUUUUUUAAUUUAUGUAUUUAAUAUAGGAUUCAAUGACCUCUGGUGUUUUAGUUUGUAUAAAAAAA